GGUUGGCUGCCAGAUAGCAGGCUACUCUCCUCUCAAAGAAAAUAGAAGAAAAAAAAGAAGGGAGGAAUCAAUUCCCCACUCGCCCAUAUUCCCCUCUGAAUCGCUCGAUGGAGCGGAGCGGCGGCGAGGUCUCCUCCGACUCCGACGCCGCCGCCGGCGAGGACCGUCUCAGCGCGCUUCCCGACGACGACCUCGUCCUCAUCCUCCUCCGCCUAGACACGGCUGCUGCUGCCCGGACUAGCAUCCUCUCCCGCCGCUGGCGCCGCCUCUGGGCGAUCCUCCCGGAGCUCCACUUCCCCGUGCCCCCUGAGCCAGCCCGCACCCGCGCCAUCCUCGAGUCCCACAAGGCGGCCCUCCGGUUCCUCCUCGUCAGAACCCUGGACGCCGCCCCCGACUCCGUGGCGGCAUGGCUCCCCGCCGCCGCGCGCCGCCUCCCGGCCGCUUCGUCUUCUUAAACGAAGACGCCGCCAAGGAAGGCGGCGAGGAGGAGGAGGAGCAAGGAGGCGCCUUUGAGCUGCCCUGCUUCGGGAAAGCCACCGCGAUCUAUCUCGGCCUAGGGUCCCUCGGCGUUGCCAUGCCGCAGGCAGGCAUUUUCGCAAGGCUCACAGAGCUAUCCCUGUUCCGCGUCCGGUUGCACGGCCCGUGUGAGCUCGGCGACGCCAUCUCCUCGCCGCGGUGCCCGUGCUUGCAGAAGUUAUGCAUCUGUUUUGUCUGGGGGCUGAACAAUCUCGCCAUCCAUUCUGGGUCUCUCCUGCGAGUGGAGCUCGCUGAGCUGGAUGGCUUGCGGCAGCUCACCAUUGUGGCACCGGUCCUUGAGGACCUAGAAGUCUCAGGUUGCAUCAUUGAUGAUCAGAAUCAACAAGUCGCCAGCAUCUCAGCUCCUCAGCUUGUAUUUCUCGACUGGAGUGACCCGUAUGAUCCGAGCUCCGUCGAUCUUGGCAAGAUGGAAUGUGUUCAACGGCUGAGCACUUCUGACUUUCUUGUUUAUGGGCCAAAUAACCUUGCAGUUGCACACAAUCGUGGUUGUGUAAGGCUCCUCGAGCGUUUCAAGGUCGUGGAAGAUCUUAUUCUCACACUGAAAUAUUUCGGGGAGAUAGAAAACUUUGCCUACUUGAUGGAUGACAUGACUGUGCUCCCUGACAUCACAUUUUUGAAGCUGAAUGUAUUGGCAUAUGGGCAUGCCUUUGGGCCCAGUGCAUUUCAUGUUCUUAGGAUGUGUUCCGGUAUAAGAGGGUUGAAGAUGUUUCUAGCUCCUACUCACUCUGAGGCACAAAGUUCAUGCCCAUCAGUUUGCAUUUGUUGUCAGCAAGCAAACUGGAAGACUGAGGAACUGUCAUUGAAUCGCCUUGUAGAAGUAGAAAUCACUGGAUUGAGAGGAUCUGAACAUGAAAUUGCUUUCCUGAAGCGACUGUUAAGUUGGGCGGCAUUGCUAAAAAGGAUGACAAUAAAAUGUGAUAAUUCAGUUGCAGAAAACAUGGCCAACGAGCUGCACCAGAUGUUACGGAGCUUCUCUAGGACAGAAGUAUGCAUGAAAUUUUACACAUAUCAGGACAUGUUGAAGGGGUUGUGUAAGAAGUCUAGCUAAGGCAGUGUGUUGUCACUUUAAGGGCUGAACGUUGUUUUUGUAGUUUUCUUCCUUGCUAUGGUUUGCUGUGCUUGGGAACAUCAAAAUGCUAGCAGAUUAUUGAAAAAAAAAUGUUAAGACCCAUCAUUCUAUUGUCAGAGUUAUUUUAUGUCUU